GAGAGCUUCAUGUGGGUGGGUGGAAAUAAGUUCUGGGUUUGUUAUCCAAACACUAAAGCCCUCACUGCAUGUUUCAGACCACUUAAGACAAUCUGUACACUGUUAAACAAUUGAAGACUUGGAAAGUCCCGCAUGGUGCACACAACUCUGCAGUCGACCACAGGCUUCUUUGGUUUAAACCCUGCCGAGUUUAACAAGCUUCUAAAAGGGCAAGUUAUACAAUUCCAUGUCAUAUCUAUUCAGUGCAUGGUAUUCUAUAGACCCUUUCGAUCUGUUUUCCGGUUGAAAAACAUUCAAAGUCAAUGCAGAUACUUUGAAAUGAAAAUUAAUCUUAAUGUCGUCUUUAAAACAGGGUUUUUUAUUAUUAUUUUUGUUUGCCCCUACGUUACUAUUAGCUCACCAGAAAUGGCAUGUUUGCAUGUUUGUUUAUGCUUUUGAAAGGGUCAAUAGAACAGUCAUACGACAUUCUAAGCCCAGCACCAGCUGGUGGUACAAGCUGAAAUGAUUGUGAGAAUUGGGACAUAAGCUGCUCUCUACAGGAUGUGGUAUAAGCCACCCCAGAGCACACUGCUCCUCCCCCAAUGCCUUUACACUUUUUCUACGCCUUUUUUCUAUUUACAGGAAACAGUGUCAGUCGAAGAUGUUUUACCACAACAGCACAUUUGAUGAUUACGUGACUAAGAACACAUAUAACUCCAACAUGAAGGCAGAAAACUUCUGCAUCACAGCAACGCACAGCAAUGGCUCUAUGGAUGCUAAUAACACACAGGCCAUUCCUCUGAUCAAUAGCGGCUACAUCAUCAUCAGUUUGUGUGGGGGUCUUCCUCUCCAUGGCUGGGCAGUCUAUAGUCUACAUCUUCACUGGAGGUGCAACAGACGACUCUCGACCUUCGUCAUCUUCCUCCUCCUCAUUGACGCUCUGCAGCUACCUUUGAGCCCUGCUUUAGUAGUCGUUGCUCUAAGAAAAGACUUAUGCUUGGGAGAUGUCUUCAGAUGUGACCUAGUUUGGUAUCUCUGGCUGGGUUUGAGCAUCUGCGGUCUGAAUCUCCACCAGUUGGUGGCACUAGAGGGGAUUCUGUCUCGUAGAGACCUGCAGUGCUCUGCUCCAUGGGUCUCUCUGCCUUCCUCUUUGCUGAUCUGUUUGACUGAGUUGGCACUUUUCAUGUGUGUGGUCGCACUGAAAAUGAUACACUCAAGGACACUGGACUAUUUCAUUGGUUUGGUGGAAUUCAUGUGGUGCCUAGCUGCAUUUGUAUUGUCUUUGGUUAUGUGUGUGUUUUUUUGUCAAUCAUCAUAUCCAUUGAACCAUACACAUUCCCGUGACAAGACAGCAGAGCGAGUGAUGUUAGCAAUAGCUGCAACGACCAGUUUUGUUUUGUAUGGUCUUUCUAUCCCGGCCCUUGGGAACGUAUAUUUAAACUCAAUUGAUGACAAUAUUUAUAUGAUACUUCACAGUAUAUCUAUCUCACUUAGUAGUUUCCGACUUAUAGCAGAUCCUCUCCUUUGUGUUCUAGCCUGUAGGAAGCCUCCAGAAAAAAAGGCAGGAGAACAACGUCUAAUUGACUUGAGACUUGUCUAAAUCUGCGUUUUUCAAAAAUUUUCUGAACACUUUCCACCAAGUAAUUUUACUCUAAAGUAAAUGCAACUAAAUUUAAAUUAAAAUGAGUAUUGUCUUGUCUGUCUCUGUGAAUAGUAGGCCUAGUCUUCACAUCAUCUGUAAUGCCAUCUACUGGUAGCCUGGGAAUACACAUAAAAACUUCUGGCAAAUUUGAGAUUUUCUCUGUAGGAAAAGAGACCAUUGAAGCCCAUUUCGAAUGUCCCCAAAGAAGUGAAGUGAAAUAUUUUUAAUGAGAAUGCAAAUGUAAAUAAUUUAAAUUCAAUUAUGUUUAAUUAAUAAUGAAUUCCCCUGACAUUGACUACAUGAAUACAUUUGACACAUAAAUACACUUGACAUUCAUUACAAUGGUAAGUCUACACUACAUUGCCUGAAAUUGCUCGCAGCUUUGAGCUUUUGGUGAUCCAUUUCUGUUUUGUUUAUGUGUGUAUUUAAAAUGCAAAAUGAAAAUGAAAUGCUUAGAAUUACUUUCAAUUUUUUACAUCUGAAUAAA